CCUCGCCUUUGCUUUCCUCUCCUCUCCUCUCCUCUCUGCUGGCACGCUUGUCGUCGUUUAGAGCUUGCGGUCGGGGGUCCACAUGGCUUGCGCUUGUGGCCGUUUCGUGUACGUGCCGUAGGUUGUUGUUGUUGCUGUUUCUGUUGGAUAUGGUGUUAUCUGUGUUGAGGGUAUCAUCUUGAGGCGAGGUAUUGGGGUCAGGUUUGGGGCGAGAUCAUUGUGGAAUUUGAACGAUUGCAGGGGAGGAGGACGACAGUGGGACGGGGAGGUGGUGGUGGUGGUGAGAAUAGCUGACUAGGUGGCAUUUUGGGCCUUUUUCUAGUUUGAAGGGUGUUGUUUGAUGUGAUUAGAGCUUUGGUGUGGUGUGGAAGGAGGUGAAGGACAGGGUUGGAAAGCAAAGAGAGAAUUGAAGGUGAGGCGGGCAGAUUGAAGGCCGGAGGGAGUGGGCAAGCGAUGCGAGGAAGGGUUGUAGGAGUGAGAGUUGGGCGGGGCCCUUAGAUUUGGGGCAAGUAGGGAGGUAGUAGAGAAUUUGAUGUCGCAGAAAAAGAGGUUGAGCAGCAGCAGCAGUGGAGGGGGUGGUGGCAUCUCGCCGAAUAUGAUAUCAGCGACGAAGAAACCUAAGAACCAACAGCAGACGUCGAUACUUGAUCAGUUCGAUAAGAAUGGCAAGGUAGGGAUGGCUGUGGAGGAGAACACUCCUGACAUGAUGUACGUGGAUGGUGUGGAAGAUCAUCUCGCAUCCACUGUAUCAUAUCCUGCUGGGUCGGUGUCGGCAGUGACGUUAAGUAAUAAUCCGGGAGUUGGGACUACGGCAAACUUAUCGCGGAAAAAAGCCACACCACCGCCGCCUGCCAAGAAGUUGGUAAUCAAGCCCUUCAAAGACAAACCAAAAUUGCCUGCUAACUUUGAGGAAGUGACAUGGGUCAAGAUCAAGGAAGCUGUAACUGCAAUUCACCUAAAGCAACCAGUGAAUUGCAGUUUGGAGGAGCUAUAUCGAGCUGUGGAAGAUCUCUGUGUUCACAAGAUGGCAGGAAAUUUGUACAAGAGAUUGCAGCUGGAGUGCGAAAGUCACAUUUCAAUCAAGCUGCGUGAUCUUGCAGGGCGCAGUCCUGAUGCUGUGGUGUUCCUGUCUCAUGUUGAAAGAUGCUGGCAAGACCAUUGCAACCAAAUGCUUGUUAUCCGCAGCAUUGCGCUCUAUUUAGACCGGACUUAUGUUAUUCAAAAUUCAGGUGUUCGAUCUCUAUGGGACAUGGGUUUGCUGCUUUUUCGCCGCCACCUGUCAGCAUGCCCAGAAGUUCAGUCUAAAACAGUUUCUGGUCUUCUCAGACUUAUCGAGGAGGAGAGGAUGGGAGAGUCUGUGGAUCGGAGUUUAUUGAAGCACUUGCUGCGCAUGUUUAGUGCUCUUGGCAUAUACGCUGAGAGUUUUGAGAGACAAUUUCUAGAUUGUACCUCUGAUUUUUACGCAGCGGAGGGAACACGCUUUAUGCAGCAAACAGAUGUGCCCGAUUAUCUUAAACAUGUCGAGACUCGUCUCCAUGAAGAGAACGAGCGAUGCUUGCUUUAUUUGGAUGGAAGUACACGGAAACCUUUGGUGGCUACUGCCGAGAAACAGCUUCUCAGCCGCCAUACAGCUGCAAUUCUGGAGAAGGGAUUUGGCAUGCUCAUGGAUGCCAACCGCGUGGCAGAUCUUCAACGGAUGUACAUGCUUUUUACACGAGUAAAUGCUUUGGAGUCUCUGAAGAUGGCCUUGAGUACUUACAUCAAGACAACGGGCAACAGUACUGUGAUGGAUGAAGAAAAGGAUAAGGACAUGGUGUCUUGGCUUUUAGAUCUGAAGGCCCGUCUGGAUGCUAUUUGGGAUGAGAGCUUUUCUAGAAAUGAAACCUUUGCUAAUACUUUGAAGGAUGCAUUCGAACAUCUCAUUAAUCUGCGUCAGAACCGACCUGCCGAGCUCAUAGCGAAAUUCAUUGAUGGAAAGCUGCGUGCUGGCAACAAGGGAACGUCCGAAGAGGAGCUAGAGGGCAUCCUGGAUAAAGUUUUGGUGCUUUUUAGAUUCAUUCAGGGUAAAGAUGUAUUCGAAGCUUUUUACAAGAAGGAUUUGGCCAAACGUUUGCUUCUGGGGAAGAGUGCCUCUAUUGAUGCAGAGAAAUCCAUGAUAUCAAAGCUCAAGACAGAAUGCGGCAGUCAAUUCACGAAUAAGCUGGAAGGAAUGUUCAAGGAUAUUGAGCUUUCACGGGAAAUCAAUGAAUCGUUUAGGCAGUCUGCUCAGGCACGGAUGAAGCUGCCUUCAGGGAUUGAGAUGAAUGUUCAUGUUCUGACAACUGGCUAUUGGCCUACUUAUCCACCCAUGGAGGUCAGGUUACCACACGAGCUGAAUGUAUACCAGGACAUUUUCAAGGAGUUUUAUCUGAGUAAGCAUAGUGGACGGCGUCUGAUGUGGCAAAACUCCUUGGGUCAUUGCGUGCUGAAGGCCAAUUUUCCUAAAGGAAAGAAGGAACUUUCCGUUUCUCUUUUUCAGACCGUGGUGCUGAUGCUCUUCAACGACGCGCAAUCUCAAAGCUUCCAGGAAAUCAAGGACACAACUGCGAUUGAGGAUAAAGAACUUCGAAGAACUCUUCAAUCAUUGGCUUGUGGUAAAGUUCGAGUUCUUAACAAGCAACCAAAGGGCAGAGAAGUGGAAGAUGAUGACAUAUUUGUCUUCAACGAGGAUUUUGUUGCUCCUCUUUUUCGUAUUAAGGUCAAUGCUAUACAGUUGAAGGAAACUGUAGAGGAAAAUACGAGUACAACAGAGCGAGUGUUUCAGGAUCGUCAAUAUCAGAUUGACGCUGCCAUUGUCCGGAUCAUGAAAACACGAAAAGUGUUAAGUCAUACAUUGUUAAUAACAGAACUAUUUCAGCAGCUGAAAUUUCCAAUUAAACCAGCUGAUCUGAAGAAGAGAAUUGAGAGCCUGAUCGAUCGGGAGUAUCUGGAAAGGGACAAAGCCAACCCUCAAAUAUACAACUAUCUGGCUUAGAGACUUAAGAUUUGUUUAUUAGUCUUUGUGGAGCCUAUUAUUUCCCCCCUAUCCAGCUUAUGAUAGCGUGGGAGAUCUCGUAUCCAGCUCUGGGGGACUUUUACACAACUGUGUCCUCAAUCAUCACUCUUGUAUAUCCACAUGCGCUUUGAAGCAUUUGAUUGUUGGCGACUUAAUUUUCAUAUCAUUUAUGAGUUUGCACAUACAAUUUUGAAUUUCGCUA